CUUCAUGGCUCGUAUAUUUGUGCCCUUAUUUCAUGAUUUUUCAUGUGUUAUUCAGAUUUAGGUUCAUAACAUAACAAUGGGAAGUAAAGGUCGCAUGCCGCCGCCGCCUCCGCAUUUGCGGCGGCAGCUUCCGCAUCCUUUCGAUUUGUUGCCGCCGCCGCCGCUGCACGUGAUGGAGCAGAAGCUCGCAUCUCAGCACGUGGAGAUGCAGGGUCUGGCUACGGAGAACCAGAGGCUGGCGGCGACGCACGGUGCCCUGCGGCAAGAGCUGGCUGUGGCACAACACGAGCUGCAUAUGGUGCAUGGCAACAUUGGGAGCGUGAAGGAAGAGAGGGAGCAUCAGAUGCGUGGCUUGAUUGAUAAGAUUGCGAAGAUGGAAGCUGAGGUGGUGGCCGCGGAACCGGUUAGGGUUGAGUUGCAGGAGGCGCGUGGGGAGGCACAGAAGUUGGUUGUGUCGAGGGAGGAACUGAUUUCGAAGGGUCAGGAAUUGAGUCAUGAGCUUCAAAGGGUUCAUGUGGAUGUGCAACACAUUCCUGCUCUCAUCUCUGAACUUGAUUGUCUCAGACAGGAGUAUCAGCAUUGCAGGGCCACUUAUGACUAUGAAAAGAAAUUAUACAAUGAUCACCUUGAGUCACUUCAGGUGAUGGAAAAGAACUAUGUUUCUAUGAGUAGGGAAGUGGAAAAACUUCAAGCAGAACUUACAAACACUGCUAAUGUUGAUCGGAGUAGUGGGCCAUAUGGUGGCACCUCUGGAACUAAUGAGAAUGAGGCUUCUGGUCUUCCUGUGGGACAAAAUGCGUAUGAAGAUAGUUAUGCUGUUGUGCAGGGACGUGGCCCCCUCCCUGCUGCCAGUGGUGGUGGCAGCACUACUACAGCUACUACUGUUGGAGCUCAACCUGGUCCAGCUUUUGCAGGGACUGGUUAUGAUGAUCCUAGAGGGCCUGGUUACAAUACAUCUGCAGGGCCUACUUAUGAUGUAGAGAGGGGUGUUACUUAUGAUACACAGAGGUUGACUGGUUACGAUGCAUUUAGAGGAUCUGCUUACGAUUCAAAGAGAGGAUCAAAUUUUGAUGCUCAGAGAACUGGCUAUGAUCCACAGAGAGGUCCGGGUUAUGAUGCGCAGAGAGGACCUUCUUAUGAUGCAUCAAGAGCAGCUGGUUAUGAUCCACAGUCAAGAGGUUUUGUUGGUCCACAUGGACAUACUCUGCCGGUGAACAAUAUGCCUUAUGGGUCCAUAACACCACCUGCUAGUAGCGGUGGAUACGAGGCUGCUCGAGGUGUAAACCAUGCUAGGAGAUGAUGACCUUGACUCCUUGAGUCUUGAGAAUCAAUUGAGAUGCCAUACCCAUAAUAUAUUGAUGCCACUCAAAUCAAUUAGUGUGUAUCAUUCAAAUCUAAAUGAACGCCUGGCUUUGUCCUCAUCUUUCUUAUGUAAUUUACAUGGUGGACUAGAGCAAAAAAUUGUUAGUCGUCAUUAAGAUAUACACUCUCACCCCAUUUAACUGCUUUAGAUGAAAUUGGCAAUAGAAUAU